UCCAGCUGCAUUACGUUUCACCAAAAGAGAAGUGAGUUUGCUAGCAAAUUGUGUAGUUGACCAGCUACGCAUGAUCGAUACACAGAUAAGAGCUGAAACUAUGGAAAUCGUGUAUCGGCAAAUUCUCUAUAAAUUCCCGUGCUUGGAUUUCUCGGAUGAUGAUGGAUUCGGGGCUGGUCAAGGCUUCGUGGAACUGAAAUAUAAGAUGAUCAAUCGAAACAAUUAUUUGAAUAGGUUUAAGGACUCCCAAGCAGCAGCAACAAAACCCGUCAUGAGUUUGAAGAAAAGUCGUAAUACCCGAGCUGGUACCAUCAAACAAUAUUGGGAGAAAACUUCAAAAGAAUGUGACAAAGAUACUUUGUCAAAACUCAAAAGAAACGAAUCACUCCUACUAACGGAUGCAUUUCUUUUCCAAUCCCAAGCCUUUGUGAGGUACCGGUUGGACGAGAAAAUCAAUGCAGCCAGAAUAAUUUCUCAGCUUCCCGUGAUUCGACGAAGAAUACUUUUGAACUAUCAUUUCGAAAAGGCCACAGGAAAAAGUGUAAGCGUCUUCCGACACUAUUUUGCAUCAAAGAGAGACAAAAUAAUUCAAUAUUCACUUACAUGCCGCAACAAUUUGCACUUGGUGAAAACGUCGACUGAUCUUGCCAUACUUAAGCUCCUUUGUUGUUUGGUAGGGGAAAACUUCGAUGAAUUAGUUCUUCAGAAGCAGAUUGGUACCCGUAUUGAUGAUAUCACCGUUUGCAGCGCUGGACCAGUACUAAUUUCAUCAAACUGUCUGCAUAGUGUCGACGAUAUUGAGGAACAGCUCGACAUGCCCGACAAAAAGCGCAUGAAAAUAAAGGAAGCCAAACGACGGAACGCCAUCGAUGGCUUCAAGCGCAUGGACUUGUUCCUCACCAACUACAUUCCUGAACAACACCAGCACGAAGUUGCACUUCGCUUGGAACGUGUGGAGAAAAUAUAG